GAACUGCUAAAUCGCAAUACUCUGCUAUGUUCGCAUAGAGGUUCUUUCAAUUUCCUCUUCAAAAAAUUGACACAACAAAAUGUCUAAGAGAGGACGUGGUGGUUCCGCGGGAGCGAAGUUCCGUAUCUCACUGGGUCUCCCAGUGGGCGCCGUUAUUAAUUGCGCAGAUAACACAGGUGCAAAGAACCUGUAUGUCAUCGCUGUGCAAGGUAUUAAGGGUCGCUUGAACAGAUUACCAGCAGCCGGAUCAGGUGACAUGAUCGUAGCCACUGUCAAGAAGGGCAAACCAGAACUCAGGAAAAAGGUAAUGCCGGCAGUGGUGAUAAGGCAGCGGAAACCAUUCAGAAGGCGUGAUGGGGUGUUUAUAUACUUUGAAGACAAUGCGGGCGUCAUAGUGAACAACAAGGGCGAAAUGAAGGGUUCAGCUAUCACAGGUCCUGUUGCCAAAGAGUGUGCAGAUCUGUGGCCUCGUAUUGCUUCCAAUGCGAGCUCAAUAGCUUGAAAUUAAUAUACGGCUAAGGAAAAA